GGCGGCCGAGCGGAGCCGAGUGCAGCCGAGCCGGGCCGAGCCGGGCCGAGCCGGGCCGGGCCAGGCCCAGGAGCGCGCGGGCGAUGCGGGCCGCCAGGCCGGGGUCGGCGGGCCCCUGAUCCCCGCGCCCCAGGCCAGCCAGGGAGCCCUGCGGCGGCCGCGCGCCCCAGCGGCCGGCCCGCCCGCCAUGGCCGGGGUCAGCUACGCGGCGCCCUGGUGGGUGAGCCUCCUGCACCGGCUGCCCCACUUCGACCUGCACUGGGAGACCACCAGCAGCCAGUUCCGGCCCGAGGACACGGACUACCAGCAGGCGCUGCUGCUGCUGGGGGCCGCAGCGCUGGCCUGCCUCGCCCUGGACCUCCUCUUCCUGCUCUUCUACUCCUUCUGGCUGUGCUGCCGGCGCCGCAAAAGCGAGGAGCACCUGGAUGCCGACUGCUGCUGCACCGCCUGGUGCGUCAUCAUCGCCACUCUGGUCUGCAGUGCCGGCAUCGCCGUGGGAUUCUAUGGCAACGGGGAAACCAGCGACGGCAUCCAUCGGGCGACCUACUCGCUCCGCCACGCCAACCGUACGGUGGCGGGGGUCCAGGACCGCGUGUGGGAUACCGCUACGGCCCUGAACCUCACGGCGGAGCCCAGCCUGCAGAGCCUGGAAAGGCAGCUGGCGACUCGGCCCGACCCUCUGCGGGCGGUCCAGCGGCUGCAGGGCCUGCUCAAGACGCUGCUGGGCUAUGCAGCCGCCAUCCCGUUCUGGAGGAACCCAGCUGUGUCCCUGGAGGUGCUGGCUGAGCAGGUGGAUCUCUACGACUGGUACAGGUGGCUGGGCUACCUGGGCCUGCUGCUGCUCGACGUUGCCAUCUGUCUUCUGGUACUGGUCGGCCUCAUCCGCAGCUCCAAGGGCAUCUUGGUUGGGGUCUGCCUCCUGGGUGUCCUGGCCCUGAUUAUCAGCUGGGGUGCCCUGGGCUUGGAGCUGGCCGUGUCUGUGGGCUCCAGCGACUUCUGCGUGGACCCCGACACCUAUGUGACCAGGAUGGUGGAGGAGCACUCGGUGCUGAGCGGGGACAUCCUGCAGUACUAUGUGACCUGCUCGCCCUAUGCCACCAACCCCUUCCAGCAGAAGCUGUCAGGCAGCCACAAGGCGCUGGUGGAGAUGCAGGACCUCGUGGCCGAGCUCCUGAGGACCGUCCCGCGGGAGGACCCGGCCACCAAGGACCCCCUGCUGCGUGUCCAGGAGGUGCUGAACGGCACGGAGGUGAACCUGCAGCACCUCACUGCCCUGGUGGACUGCCGCAGCCUGCAUCUGGACUACGUGCAGGCCCUCACAGGCUUCUGCUACGACGGCGUCGAGGGCCUCAUCUACCUGGCGCUGUUCUCCUUCGCCACAGCCCUCAUGUUCAGCUCCAUCGUCUGCAGCGUCCCGCACACCUGGCAGCAGAAGAGGGGCCCUGACGAGGAGGGGGAGGAGGAGGCCGCCCCGGGGCCGCGGCAGGCGCACGACAGCCUCUACCGCGUCCACAUGCCCAGCCUGUACAGCUGCGGGAGCAGCUACGGCAGCGAGACCAGCAUCCCGGCCGCUGCCCACACUGUCAGCAACGCCCCGGUCACUGAGUACAUGAGCCAGAAUGCCAAUUUCCAGAACCCCCGCUGUGAGAACACCCCCCUCAUCGGACGUGAGUCCCCGCCACCGUCGCGCUAUCUGGCUGCCCUGGACUCUGGCAGCCACACGGGCUGGCAGUUUAAGCCCAUGAACAAUGCCUGAACACUGGUGGCCGUGUUCUCAGAGUGACAGUACACUUCCAGCAUGAGAGCCAAGUACCUCGCCACGAGCCAGCCUCGCCCUGACUCCAGCAGCAGCGGGCACUAGACUGCCCGGCAGCCACCCGCCCCACGUGCCAAUCGCCCUGCUCUUCCCCGCGCCAGCCUUGCUGCUUACACCCGUGGCCGCCUGCCGGCCCCUCCACACAUAUGCCAGGCCCGCGGCAGGCACCUCUGGCCACGCGCCCCUCCUCCCUUCCUGCAGGGGCGAGGACAUGCCCAGCAUGCUCCUGCCAUGGAGACGUGGGGGCUCGGGGCCCCUCGGGUCACACACCUGGACACAUGGGGGUGUGCUACCGUGGCCCAGGCCCUCCCGGCCUCCCCACGCCCACGCCCCUCUGCCUCCGAGGACUUGGGGGUAUGCAGAGCCCUGCUCUGGGCCAGAUGUGUCGUGCUGGUGCUGGGUCCCUGCCGCUCCCGCGCUGCCCCCGCGGACGCCUGCAGUCUCCCCGGCUGGACCCACCUGCCCCGCCCCCUUCCCUCCCGCAGCUCCGCCGCUUUUCCUGCUCCCGCGAUGCUCCCACGUGUCACCUCUUAGUUCACAGGCAACGCGGUGCCCCUUUCUGCCGGGCACCUGGAGGGCCAGCUGGGUGCGCCCACCUGCUCGUCUCCCACGUGUGGAGACCCCUCGUGGCACCAUCACACCCUCUGCAGCACCUGUAGCCCCUUCUCUCGUCCCCGCCCCCAGGCUCCUCUGCAGCAGUUGCCAGAAGCCUCCUGGGGAGGGCCCUGCUUUGUCCGCUUCCCUCCCCUCAUCGCUCUCUCCCUCAGCGCCCACCCUGCCUGUGGCACCCAGCCCUCCGUGGCAGCAGGAGACAGCAGGUGCCAUGCUGAGCCGAGGCUGCUCACCCAGUGCUGGCCGCCUUCUUGGUGCCAAAACCUCCUCCCCCACCCCAGAGACUUGGCAGCUUCGUCCGGUUCAUUUUUUGCACUAACUACACUUGUCAUCUCUAGGGCAGGCGGGGCUGCGGGCCGAGUGCCACCCCUUCUCGGUCUCUUUCAUCCCGGAUAGGCACAGUGUCCCAGAGCUGGCCUGGGGGCUGGACCUGAGCUGGCUGUGACUGUGCCCUCGGCCCCUGUGGCCCCUCUUGGGACUAACCACUAACCUCUCUCCAGCCUCCGUGAGUGCCCCUGGCCGACCCAAAGCCAGCGAGGGUGACACCGAGUCCAGGCCAGAGACGAGGCCCAGGAUAGCCAGCUGGGAGUUGGGCUGGAGAAGGCGUUUCUUCUCGGGGGGCACUGCCAGGGGGUGUCAUAGACUGAGAGGCAGCUCAAGGGCCUGGAGACCCCUCUCUGGGCAGGCAGUACCCCAGGGGGACGGUGUCCUCAGGAAGGAACGUCCUUUGGGCUGUAGGACCGAGGUCCCUGCGGCCUCAGUCUCUCUACCUGUGAAGUGGGAACAAGGGUUCCCCAAGGUGCUUAUGGCUUCGUGUACAAUGUUUGCUGUUUCCUGCCACAGAGGGUAGGGCUGCCCCCAAAUCACGAUGAGAAGCCCCCUGCCAGCCCCAGGCCCGCCCAGCCAGCCUGAGGUGGAGGGGCCAGGGGUGGGCUCUGGCCUGUCAGUCCAGCGGCAGCAGAGGGUCUCUCGGCAGCCACGUAUGGGCCCAGGCCGAGGCCCCAGGGGCAGGCGGCCGCUGGCCCAGCAGUUUACAGACAUGGGCUCUUUCUCCCAGAGCAGCAGGGCAGCGCCCCCUCCCCGGGGUGGCCUGGGAGAGGCCACCUCCCUCCGUGAUCCCUUCUUUGUGCUGGUAGCUGGGACCAAACGGGGGCGUGGUCUUGGAACUAGGCCACGCCCACCCCACUCCUGGGGCCUGGGACGGGAGGGGAGUGCGUGGGCAAACACGAGGGUGCCCCAGGUCGGCCUGCAGGCCCCCAGCCUGCGUCUGAGCCCUAGCACAUGGCCAAACCUCAGCGAGGGGCGGAGCCACGGCCCACCUGCCCAGUGUCUCUGGGCCCCGCCCCCGCCCCCCACCCGGGGCGGAGCAUUCCUGCCUGGGGAGAGACAGCGCGGGCAGUGCCGCCCGGGCGCCGAGCCCUUUGCCAGCGCUCAGAAGCACAAGCGGCUGCCCCGCCGCGCGGCCGCCGAAAUGUGAAUGUACAUAGCGUGAGAGCCGGGCUGCGGGCCCGCGCCGCUCGGAGCCCCCCGUGCCUCGUGUGCGUGUGUGGCCACCUGUCUGUGACUCCGCAGAGCUCCUUCCGCUCACCGAGGCUGAACAAAGGAAAAGGGGGGCAAGAACGGCCUUGGCCCUGGAGGGGCGCGCAUCCGCCCUCGGUUUUCCUUGUGUUCCAAGUUUUCAGGCCCUCUGCUAACCAGCCCCGUCCCGGCGACCUCUCCACGUCUGCUCCCACCCCUGCACCUGUGGGCCUUGCUCCCCGCAGGCCCCGCAGCAUCCUGGGAGGUGGUCCUUGACCACGUGGAUGGGAGGGAGAGGCCCCGGGACCCCCUGCCGGGCUAGGCGGACAGGAGGAGUUGCAGCGCGGGUGUGCGUCCCCUAGGCUCCCCUGACCCUAUGUCCCCCUCCACGCCCACCCCAUCUCACUAUGCAAUUCCAGACCGAUCUCCACCGUUCCUUCCCCCCUACCCCAGAGCCCCCUCCCACCCGGGAGGGGUGCGUGGGUGGCAGCCCCAACUGCUGUGCCGGGCGGCGACCAGGGCUUCUUGUGUGGGAUUUUUUUCUUUAACCAUAAUGGUUGUGUGCCACCCCACUUUAUAUUUGUUUAAUAUGAUAUAUCUCUCCGAGUAAUUUUGUUAAGACCAACCCCCCCCCACGGGUUCCCCUCCUGGCCCUUGCACCCUCCCCUCCAACGUGAUUCAGCGUCCAUACCGGGGAACUGAGGCCUGAACCGCUAGGCAUUCUCCAACCUCUCUAGGGCCAUGGCUGUAUGUGCUGUCGCUGUGUUUCUGUUUUGGGGGGAGUUUUUUGUUUUUUUGUUUUUUUUUUCUUUUUAAACUGGGUUUGGGGUUUGAUUUUUAUUUCCCUGGGGCCUUUAUUUUUCUUGGCAAAUACUAAAAAUCUCGUCAAUGUAAUUUCUGUGGUUUCUAUUCAGCCUGGGUCUCAUGUUUUAAAAUAAACAAAUUUUAAAGAA